AUGGCGAGCAAGGGAAGAGUCAUGUCGGAUGCGGAGAAGCUGUACCAGAUGCUACAGCCGGGACCCAAGUUUCUCAUCUCGCGUCCGCGCCAGCUCGUCCGACACGGCGAGCUCAUGUACUUCAGCGUCAACACCCUGAGCAAGAAGCCGCGCUACUUCUGGCUCUUCACCGACUGCCUACUCGUCACCAAGCGCACAAGCGCUCAGAAGUUUCAGCUUCAGGUCGUCAUCCACUUCAGCUCCGGCAUGAAGGUCGUCACCAUGCCCGACAGUCCCGUCCACGAGUUCCGCCUUCUGUGCCCUGAGAAGGGAACGCUGGCUAAGGCCAAGCAGCGUCGGGUGGUGAUGUGGGGCAAGAACCGGGAGCACAAGGAGGUGUGGCUCACGGAUCUCAAGCACUGCCUGUGGAAGUCGACCGGCAUGGUCGGACCCGACCCGGCGAGCCCCCAGGCUGCUCACGCUGGUGGCGCCUACAGCACCAAGAACGAUGACGAGGAGGUGAGGCACAUGAUGAAGGAGGUCUCGCUCCGCGAUCAACGGCCGAGCGACCCGCAGCAGCGUCAGUACGAUCAGCCGAGAGGUGUCCAGCAGGGAGGCGGUGGUCGCGGCGCCGGCGGGUCGCCCGCCAGGCAGCAGCAGCAACGGGCGGACUACGGCGACGAGGAGUACGAGCAGUACUCGGACGACGGCGAACCAGAAGGGGACGAGCACUGGAGCGACACAGGCGCCAAGAGUGAUACUCUCAUCUCAUUCGAUGAUGAUUUCCCGCUGGCGCCAACGGAGGGGCAGCAGCACCACUAUUCUCACCCGCAGCAGAGAGAGGCCGGUUAUUCGGCCCAGGUCCCACCUGGAGUUGCUCUGGCCCCGAUUGGCGGAUACCCCCAGCAGCAAGGGGCCGGGCAGCAGUACGCCGCUCAGGGCCACUAUGCGAGCCACUACCAACAGCCACAGUACGAUGCCUACUAUGGCGCCUACGCUGGGGCACCCGGGGGCGGCUACGCCCAGCCCCAGCAACAGCAGCCACAGCAGUCCUACGCCGGCCAGCACGGGGCGCCGAUGGCGGGUGCAGACGGUGGUGCCUACUACAACCAGGUCUACGGCAAUAUGCAGUCGCUCUACUCCCAGGUGCCCAGCUAUGACCAGACCCCGACCCCCGUGGCACUGCCCGUCGUCGAUGUCGGGGUCGCGGCCGGAGCCGGCUCGGCGGCGCCUGCCGGCUCUACCACCCCCGGCAGCGCGGCGGCUGACGACUUUGCCAGGAACGAGUUGAUGGAAGCCACCAAGGUGGUGGAGGAGCUUGCCCUGGAUCUGGCCGUCGCCCGUAACGCCGCCGAAGAACAUAUCGCCACCGCCGCUCCCGCCUUCAUCGACGUGUCCGACUCCGUGUUCGAUACCACCCAGGGCCUGCACAGUGCUGCUCAGCGCGGCGAGUCGCGCUCAGUUGGAGCGAGGCUACACGGGUCGGAUACGGCCUACCAUGCGGACCCGAAGUGGGCCGAGGGCCUGGUGUCGGCUGCGCGGUUCGUGGUGGCCUCGAUCGGGCACCUGGUCAGCACCAGCAAGCAGUACGUGGCGUGGGAGGGCGGAAUCGGCAACGAGCCGCUCGCCGCCAGCGCCGGAAGCGUCAACGUCUCCACCGCGCAGCUGCUCGCCGCCUUCCGCGCCCGAUACCAAAAAGGGAAUGACCUUGGCCUGGAGGAGGCGGUGAAGAGCAUCACUUCGGCCACGCAGAAGUUGGUGGAGGACGCCAAGGCGGCGACCCCGACGGGCGGGGCGGUGGCUGCGGCACCGCCGGCGGUCGACCCCACCUCGAAGUACAGUCUCACCCAGCGCCAGGUGAUGGAGAUCGAGGCCCAGGCCCGCAUCCUCAAGCUAGAGAAGGAGGCUCAGGCCGCGCGGCUCGAGCUCAAUCGGCUCAGGAAGGCCGAGUACGCCGGCAGCCAGAAGUGA